UCUCAUGCAUAACAUGUGCUCGGUGCUCAGCCUGUUUGCUGACACUUUGCUAGAGCCCAACUGUGCGUGCUCGAGGAAACGGGAGGAAGCAGCAGCGCGCCGUUGCUCUCGCGGAGAGGAUUAGUGGAGGGCGAGCGCCGCGCGCAGACGCUCAACUUCAACUUGUGGCGCGUUUGAGCUCGAGCCGCGGGCUUUUUGUUUAGACGUGAGAAUAAGGGCGCGAGAGGCUGGUCAGUCUUCCUCCAGCGCGGCUCUGUGCCACCCAGCUCCUCCAAAACGCCGGACGCGCAGCCGCUGACCGGAACCGCACGAGCGAGAGCGUCGCCAGCCGCUGCCUCUGCUGCUUUUUCGUGAGGGGAACGGAUCAUGCUCGUGCGCCUGUGCGCGUGGAUGGCGCUCGCGCUCUCGUGCGGCGCUCCCCGCCGCCUCCUGCUGCUCGCCUCCUACGUGCCGUGUGAGCCGUGCGACCAGAAGGCGCUCUCCAUGUGCCCGCCCGUGCCCGUGGGCUGCCAAGUGGUCAAGGAGCCCGGCUGCGGCUGCUGUAAGACGUGCGCGCUCGCCGAGGGCUACGCGUGCGGCGUCUACACGGGCACGUGCAGCCGCGGGCUGCGCUGUCUGCCGCGCGCCGGCGAGGAGAAGCCGCUGCACGCGCUGCUGCACGGCAAGGGAGUGUGCACCAACGAGAAGGCGUACAAGCCGGCGCACGCCGCGCGCGAUCGUGAGUCGCACGAGCUGGCGAUUUCGGAGGUGACGGACGAUUUGCUUCCACAUGUCAAGGUGCCUUUGUUCCCCCGAGACCACAUCAACAAUAAGAAGGCCCACGCCGUUCACAAGGAUAGGACGCGAAUGCAGUCCAGGCUCAAGACUGUGGGGCACUUGGACUACUCCACGUUCAGCAUAGACAAACAUCUGUCUGAAAUUGGGCCAUGUCGGAGGAAGCUGGACGGAAUUAUCCAGAGGAUGAAGGAUUCCCCCAGAAUCAUGGCUCUGUCUCUCUACCUGCCCAAUUGUGACAGGAAGGGCUUCUUCAAACGCAAACAGUGUAAGCCCUCCAGGGGACGCAAGCGAGGCAUUUGCUGGUGUGUGGAUAAGUAUGGGGUAAUAAUGCCAGGCACCGACUACAGCGGAGGCGACAUCCAAUGCAAAGACCUGGAGAGCAACAGCAACAACAAUGAGUGAGGGGUCUCUGCCUUGAAAUCAGACCCCUUCCCCAUCUUCUGCCAUAUUUCAUCCACUGCCAAUCACUUAAGUAAUCCUAACUUGUAAGAGCUUGUCCUUAACCUCAGAACAGGCCGAGUUAAAAAGUAGACAUUAGAUUUGUACGCACUUAAUUCAUAUCUUUUGACAGCUCCUGUGAACCCUGUUCUGCUCUGAAACUCUGGAAUGUCAGUCAUCUCAGUAAUAUUUUAUAUUCAUAAGCCUACUUAGUGCACUAUUGCAUAUCAUAUCAGAACAGCAGUUGGGUACGUUUUCACUACUAGUGGUAUAAAAGCAAUACUAGCAACUAUGGUGAGGUUUGUGUGAUCGGGAGGGGUGGUUCAACUCCAUUGUGCUUGUCCACUUUGGAGCACUUGUCCAUAGACACUUUCUGUUUGUACUACGAAUUUGUUUUUCAUUUCUCGGUCAAUGUGCAAUGUGAAUGACUGUCAGUGCUGGUAUUAUGUCAGUCCCACACGUUCUCCUAUAGUGACUGUCAGCAGUAGCUGAUCACAGGAAGUAGCUUAUCGUCUUGAAAUGCCUUCUGGCCUUUCGAACUCAGUUUUAACUCGAGAGCAUAGCACAAGUUUGUAACCUAGUUAAUUGUGAACUGGCAUACCUAUUUUCUCCAUCUCGAUUAAAGCUGGCACAAACUCUUGAAAUAAGCUUCAACUUUAAAAUAUGCAAACGUGCGGUAUGUUCCAGUGGCUCGCCGUACUACAGGGAGACUUAGCCAUUUGAAUACAGGAUGGAACAAAAACCCAGCUCGCCAUUUCUCUCUCCCUGGCGACCGCUCCUGGGGGUCUUUGGGUUCUCAUGGAAAUCUCAGUGCCUUUUUCAACUCAAACGCAUUUGAAUUCUGAUUUACAUCGAGAUCACAAAGGAAAAACUCGCUCAAAGCAAACCUCUGCUGUUGAUGAGUGCAUUCAAAUUGAGGAGGAUGGCAGCGAGAGAGUGCUAGUAUGAUGGGUGACUGGAGGGUGGUACCAAGAACACACUGAGCUUUUGGCACACAAAUGAGAGGUUUCAUAAUUUGGUGCUUUUUAAGCCAUAUUUCGUGUUCAAUUCUUUGUGCUUUUCCCAACACCUUGCUUUGCAAGUAUGACAUUAUGUUAGCAACCUGAUAACAUUGUGCAAAAAACUCAGUCCUCUGAUUGUAAAUAAGGCUUUAAGAUGACCCGAGUUUUUUUUUUUUUUUAAAGCCGCUAUCCUUAAAGAUUCUGGCACUUUAAGAAGUUCAAAUGUGAUUCCCAAUAAAUGCAAUCCCUCUAAUGUUCAUGUUUUAAUGCAGGACAAUUCCACUCCGUGUGAGGGAAGCUCAUUGUAGCGGGAGAUCUGUAGCAUGUAUAGUAAUCUUUAUUCUGCCGACCAGUGUGACAGGGUUUAUGUGGUGCCUAUUUUAGAAUAAAACAACAUUUUAGGCCAAAUGUUAGACCAAAUCAAGCAUAUUCUCAACCAUCUAUGCACAUGUACUGUGCAAGGUUCAUGGUAAUAUAAAACAGAUCUAUAUGGAAAUAUAAGCUUUUGAUUUAUUUCUUUACUUCUUUGAGUAUUCUGUCACAGAAUUGCUCAUUUUCUUCAAUGUGACCUUGAAAAAUGUCGAGAGUCGUAACCAAGUGUGGUAAAAGGUUGAAUUUCUGCAUAAGACAUCUGAAUAUUAGUGUGUGGUAUUUAUUCACUGCGUAAUUUAUGUACUCUUACCUUUGUCUCUUUUGUAAUGAAAAAAAAAAGCAUUUAUUUAAAUAUAGUUAUGUACUCAAUUAUGAGAUUAAAAAAUAUGUGGCUAUUCCCGAGCUGUUCAUUGUGUGAACUGCAUUUUUUAUGACUUGGUCAGCAUGUACCUAUGUAAACACAGAAAGAAGUAGUGAUGCUUAAAAUAAAUAGGUAUUCUGCAAAGCGAGAACCAGUUUGACUGCCCUUGGGGAGUAUUCAAACACAUGCAAAGCUGAGCAAUAGGUGUUCUAGGUCAUUUGCUCUGUCCUGAAUAAUUCACCUGCAGUGGAUUGUGUAAUAGCUACAUGUCUAUCUGAAAGACGGUACAUGCAGUGAUGUGCAAAAGUCAGAGACCACCCUUUAUUUAUUUCAUUUCAGUCAAAACAGCCAUUAAGCACAAGUUUGUUUAGUUUUCGGUAUCAGGAAAAGAAGCCGAAAGCUUCAGCAACUAAAUAUGUCGUCCGCUUUUUCGCCUGUAGGGCCUGUUUACUGCACUCAGACUUUGUCUUCAUUACAGCUUCCAUGCCUUUUUUUUGCUUUCAGUUUUUCAAAGAAAUCUGUAGGGAUAUUUUUCUCUCGAAAGUUCAGUCUUAGAAGUUGGUUUCAUGUUCUGCUUCUCGCAAUCCAAGUAAUCCGGAACACGUUCAGUGAUGUUGAGGCCUGGGCUCUGGGAUGGCAAGCCGUUCCAUUGUUCUGAGAACAACUGAAUUGAACAGCUACACGUCCUUUUAGACCCACAGCGUUCAGCUGUCUUCUUACAGGGUAAGGAUAGACGGAGCCAACUGUGGAUUUCAGAGCUGAAGCAAGAGUGGAGCUUGAUGAAGGCAGUUUUGGUGGUACACCAGGUCUUGCAGAGUGGAAUUCCUAAUUUUAAAAACUUUGUUUUUCACUUUUUUCUCUGACUUUUCCAAAUAAGUGACUUAAUCUUAAGAAAUCUCUCCUAAGAAUGACUGUAUUGUACUUACUUGCCAUUUUGACUGGAAACUAAUAAAAUUAAUAAAUGAA